AACACGCUGCAUCACCAAAAGGUGUUCAUAACUGAGAAAUUGUUGGUCGCAGGAAGCUUUUAGUGACAAAUUCUGGCAUCGAGCUAAUGUGUCUUUGAAUGCACCAUGAAGCCGCAGCUAACCGGGACCAAGAAACACCCGUCCAUGUCAAAACCAGACGGGGCUGAAGCUGCGCUGUCUUUGCAAGAGGAGCUUGUUGCAGCGAUACAUGGAGCAUUUGAAGUGGCCGUGCAGAUCGCAGUUCGAGAGGUGAAAAAACUGGUGGGUCAAACGGCAGGAGACAUAUACGAAGAGAUGCGACGAGAGAACGAGUCCCUCAAACAAAGACUGCAGAGAGCUGAAGCUAUGUUGGACUCUGCGCGCAUGAAGGAAAGCGGUGGGAGCCUUGCCCCUACAAAGCGACUCUGUAAUGCCUCAAAACAUACAGAUCAGCCGCCUCACCAUAAAUGCAAUCAAAUACGUGUCAGUCCUAAAGUGGCCGGUGUGCAUAAUGGUAGAGGGAUCAGAGGUGAUGCGCCUCCUGCCAGCCACAUCCGUGCACAGCAGCCUGCUGACCCCCGAGAUAAACAUGAGAGCAGAAAUGAAGAGCAGAGAUCAGGCGAUGAGAAUAAGACACAGCUCGUCAGAGAUGCUUCAGACCCAGCGGAAAAAAGAAAUAAUGGAUGUAUUAAAGAGGUCACUGAAGAGAUUUCGCGUGUAUGUGUGGUGAAGGUGGAAAGUAUUACCUGGCCAUGUCAGGACUCGACAGCUCAAGACCUCCAUGUGGCACCACUUCCCUGCACUGAUGACAAGUCCAUAUUAGAGCAGGUUGCAGUGAAGCAGGAGAAGCCAGAGGAGGAGGAGAGAGAUGGUUCAGCUUGCUGUUUAGAGUCGAUCAAAGUGGAGGAUUUUAGCGUGGGGUCUAUGUCGGAGGUCCAGACCAAAAUGCUGGAGGAGUGGGAACCAGAGGUUCUAGAUACUCAGAGCCAAGACCCAGACACCCAGCUGUCCUGCACCAGGCUGGCAAAGGCUCAUCCUCCAAACGUGGCUACACGCCUUCCACCACCCACAGAGCUUCCAUCCCUCUCCUCUGAGUUCCCCAUCUUCCAGAUAGCAGAACCAGCUCCCAUCCCAGAAGCCCCUCCGCAGAUAUAUGGAGUCCACGUGCGGACCAGUCGCAACCUCAGCCACACCACUGGCAAUCUCUUCGCCUGCAAGUCCUGUGGUCAGACCUUCCACUUGCCCAGCUUGCUGCGGCGGCACUGCGGCCAGUGCCCGCAGAAGCUCCAGCAGCGUUGUCAGCAGCCUGUAGCAGGAAGCAAGAGGACCAGACUGCAGCUAUACCCACCCGGCUGCAGCCCCUUCCGCUGCUCAGAGUGCAACCGAGAGUUCAACCGCAUGGAGAACCUCAAGACCCACCUUCGCAUACACACGGGGGAGAGACCGUACACCUGCUCGGUGUGCUCCAAGUGUUUCCGUCACUCUGGUGCAUUAACUAGGCACUUCCGAAUCCACACCGGAGAGAAGCCUUACAUCUGCGGACAGUGUGGGAAGUCGUUCAGAAACUGCGGGGGGCUUAAAUUCCACCAGCGUUCACAUAGCAAGCAGCUACAGUAAAGUAGAACGCCACAGUGUUAAGGUCCUCAGGACCUAUAUUUUUUAUGCAAGAUAUAAACAGCUGAUUUUAUGCAGUGCACAAUAUGUUUAAAUUUUAUCUUUUCAGUGUUUAAAAAAAUCCAUUUUCGCUGGGUUUUGUAUACCGUGAGUCCUGAAGCUGUCUAAAAUUCUCUGGACAGACAUGAUAUAUCCCUUAAUAUGUAUAACUGACAGCCUGUAAGGGCCUUGAGAAUUCUGCUUUUUAAUACUGUAAACAGAAAAAAAAUUCUAGUAGUGUUUUAUAGUCAUUUGAAAAAUCAUUACAUACAUCCACUAUAAAAAUGAGCAAAGUGUGAAUAACAUUCCCCAGCUCUGAUAAACACAAAGAUCCAUUAUUAUCAACAUUUCACAGCUGGAUCACGCUUACUAAUACGUGACCACUCUAUAACAGGGUCUAUACUGUUAGGUCUUUGCUUCGAGAUUGCAGGUACUGUAUUCAAGAACUCUCACCCAGAAAGCUGCAAUCCAGCAAGUUAUUGAAACUGUCAAGUGCAUCGUACUGAGGUGGUUUGUGUCAAACCACAAACUAUUAUGGUAUUGAAACAAAUUUAAUUAGCUUUGUUUCGGUGGCGAUGUUCUGUACAUUAAUGUCCUCUCAUUGGUAGAAAAGGACCAAGUAGAAAGACAAAAUAUAGAUACUGUAGCUAUGUGAUCACUAAGUCAGCUAUUUAGCUGCAUACUGUACAUGUGUAUGAUGGCACAGUGGUACCUAUUGAAAUUAAGUAUGUGUGGAAGCUUUCAGAGUAAUUAUAAAUAUUUUUCUUAUUUUAUGAAAAAAAAUCACUGGCUGAGCCAGUUUGUUUCUUGUACAUGGCAAUCUUGAUUUUUUUUUUCUAAUUGUGUGUGUGCUUCAUUUAUUCAAAUAUGCAUUUUUUGGACUAUACCGAAUGGAAAAUAAUGUAAUCAGAGCAAUAAACA